CAGUCUCCAGCCUCCCUCCCCGGGUCGCUCCCCACCCUCCACCCCGUCCUUUAUGAAGCGGAGCAGCAGCAGCGCCGCCGCUCAAACGUGGAGGGAAAGGACGCGGCUCCAUUGUCGUGAGGUCCGGUGAAUAUUUACGGCUCUGUCGACGCGCUCAGCGGCUUCCACCUCCGAGCCGGAGCCGGGGCGAGAGUCUCCAGGAGCCCGGGCUGCGAUUGGAAAGGACAUUAAAGUGAGAGGAAAACUGGCCAUCCAAGACGAGUGAGCCGCAGGGCCCAACUUAUCAGCAGCAACAUCAGUGUCCACACCUUAGGAGAAACGGAAUGAAACCGGAUGGGGUUACCAUGGAAUCCACGGAGCCCACCGAAGCCGCAGCAAUACCAGAACCCUCCCUGUCACUGGACAAUGUAACAGAGCAGGCAUCAUCUCAACCAGAGGAAGCUGCAAGUGAUGCAGCAGCUGGGCCUGCUCCAAAGACCAGUGGCAAGCCAGUGGCAGCAGACCUCAAAGUCAAACCAACAGGUGUUGCAAGUAAAACGCAGCCCAAAGCUAAAUCUGCAGUGGUUUCUGGAUCCAACUCGAGGCCAGGUGCUGCCUCACACCGCACAAGAAAUGACGUCAAAUCCUCUAACAGUGUUUCUGCAGCUGCAACCAAGAGAACAGCUACAGCAAGUGCGACAAAAGCAUCAGCAGCAGGAGCUGUACCUAUAAGACCAUUGGGUGGAGCAGCACCUUCCUCAACUGUCAAGAACCAAACUAGAGUGGCUGACAAGAAGCCUGCUGGACCCACCAGGACGACCUAUGUUACUGCUGCCACAGCAACAAAUGGUACCAAACCAACAACGGUGAAUGGUCCUCCUAAGAAGAAACCGGUGGCUGAGACUGUUAAUCUAGCACGACCCAAAACCACAGCUUCUACCAGCAGGUCAGCAGUGUCGACUGCCCCCAAACCCAGCACUUCAACCGCAACCAAAGCUGGUGGUGCUCCUGCUUCAAGGACCACAAGGCCUACUACCGCUCCCUCAACUGCUCGACCUGCACCCACCACAUCCAGGCCCACCACAGCUACAACCAAGCCCUCUGCCACUGCAACUGCUAAAACUGCUGCUUCAAGAGCCACCAUAGUACCCUCUAGUGGCAGGAGCACAGCAGCACAGCCUCCUAAAACAUCCACUGCAGCUAAGAAAGGUUUGACAUUUUUCUUUCAGAUAAGAAGAUUGUAG